AUGGGCCACUCUACUCCUAAAUUUCUACUUACUAUCUUCCUGCUGUUCGCAAUUGCCCAAUCAUUGCCUGCAAAUGAUCGUAGGGCCUACAUAAUCCACAUGGACAAAUCAGCAAAGCCAGCAACUUUCUCUACUCACCAUGAUUGGUACAUGUCAACAUUAUUAUCCAUGUCAUCGCCAGAUGGCGACUCUCCAGUCCAUCUCUACUCGUACGAGCAUGUUAUGGAUGGCUUCAGUGCUGUAUUAUCCCAAGAACACCUUGAUGAACUCGAGAAUUUGCCUGGUCAUGUUGCUACUUUUCCGGAAUCAUUUGGUCACCUUCAUACUACGCAUACUCCGAAAUUUCUUGGAUUGAACAGAUACACUGGACUAUGGCCAGCAAGCAAGUUCGGUGACGAUGUUAUCAUUGGGGUUCUUGACACUGGGAUUUGGCCAGAAAGUGAGAGCUUUAAAGAUAAAGGCAUGCCUUCCGUACCAGAGCGCUGGCGGGGCGUAUGCGAAACGGGAACAGAAUUUAAUACUUCCAAUUGCAACAAAAAACUGAUCGGGGCUCGGAAGUUUAGCCAAGGGAUGAAGCAGUACAAGCUAAAUAUAUCAAACACAGAUGACUAUGAUUCACCAAGGGAUUUUAUGGGUCAUGGAACCCAUACAUCAUCAACUGCGGCUGGAAGCCGGGUGCGACGAGCUGAUUAUUUCGGUUAUGCUCAAGGCAGUGCAACAGGAAUUGCACCAUCAGCCAGGAUAGCUAUGUACAAAGUGUUGUUCUAUAGUGAGGAUGUCGAUGCCUAUGAUGCUGCAGCAACUGAUGUCCUUGCUGGAAUGGAUCAAGCCAUUGAAGAUGGCGUGGACAUCAUGUCGUUGUCAUUGGGUUUCUUCGAGACUCCAUUUUUCGAUAACCCAAUAGCCAUCGGAGCAUUUGCAGCCAUGAAGAGAGGGAUUUUUGUUGCCUGUUCAGCAGGAAAUGGAGGUCCACAUGGAUACACCAUGCUCAAUGGAGCACCCUGGAUCACAACAGUUGGCGCCGGAACAGUUGACCGUCAGUUUGCAGCGCAUGUCACCCUUGGAGACGGAGUCGUGACAGUCACCGGACAGUCAUUUUAUCCGGAGAAUUUGUUUGUGUCAAGAGUUCCAGUAUAUUUCGGACAUGGAAACCGUAGCAAGGAACUCUGUGACUUGAAUUCCUUAGAUCAUAAAGAUGUUAAAGACAAGUUUAUCUUCUGCGACCAUGACAACGAACCGUCAGCAUUUCGAAAGGAAACGGAUAGAUACGGUCCCGAUAUUGCUGGAGCUGUUGGAGCUAUCUUCAGCGAGGAUGACGGAGAGUUUGAACAUCCUGACUAUUUUUACCAGCCAAUUGUGAUAGUGAGCACAAAAGAUGGAGACAUGAUCAAGCAAUAUAUACUGAACACAACAAAUGCAACAGUUAGUAUUGAGUUUGGUAAAACUAUACUAGGCACCAAACCAGCUCCAAAAGUUGCCUACUUUUCGUCUAGAGGACCUGACCGGAGAUCCCCAUGGAUUCUUAAGCCGGAUAUAUUGGCUCCCGGUUAUCAUAUUUUAGCAGCAUGGGUUCCGAACAGAGGAUUUGCUCCCAUUCGCGAGGAUGAUUACCUGCAGACUGAUUAUGCUAUUGUCUCCGGCACAUCCAUGUCAUGCCCCCAUACGGCAGGCAUAGCUGCAUUGCUCAAAGCCACCCACCGUGACUGGAGCCCGGCAGCAAUUCGAUCUGCAAUGAUGACUACCGCUUACAUCAAGGACAAUACAAACGGUGUUAUCAUUGAUAUGACUACAGGAGUUGCUGGCACACCACUUGAUUUCGGAGCAGGACAUGUGGAUCCUAACAAAGCCAUGGAUCCUGGUCUAGUGUAUGACAUUCAAGUGGAAGAUUACAUCAAUUACUUGUGUGCAGUGAACUACACAAGUCAGCAGAUUCAAAUCAUAGUAGGAACAUCAAAUUUUACUUGUGGAUAUGCAAGUUUCGAUCUCAACUAUCCGUCUUUCAUGCUUAUCUUGAACAACACGAAUACAACUGCCUCCACAUUCAAGAGGGUGCUGACGAAUGUAGCAGAUACUGCCUCCGUUUAUAAUGCGGUGGUGGAAACUCCUUCAGGCAUGAAAGCCGUUGUACAACCAUCGACCAUCUCCUUUUCCGGAAAAUAUAGCACUGCGGAAUUUGACCUGACAGUAGAAGUCAGUUUACAAGGUGAUAGUGUGGCUCCAGAGAGUGAUUAUUUUGGGAAUUAUGGAUUCUUGUGGUGGUAUGAAGUUAAUGGGACGCAUGUGGUUAGAAGUCCCAUUGUCUCUGCAAUUGCAUCUGCCAAAGGACCCUAAAGAAUCUUUUGGGUCAGUUUUAUGCAGUUAGUGAACUAUAUGCUUUUUACAGAAUGGUUAUAAUCAUUUUAUUUGUACGUUUUGAUAAAUGAACAUUCAUUUUUACAUCAACGGGUGACUAGCAAUUCAGGCCAAAAAUUGCUUAUGUGGUAACGAACACGUUGGAUAACAACAUAAACUUCCGUUGCCACAAGCAAUUUUUGACCUAAAUUGCUUUAGUAAUUGGCGUUGGUGUAAAAUGUUAGUUCGAUUACCAAAAUAUAACAAACGAAAUGAUGGUAACCGUGUUGUAAAAGGCCUAUAGUUCAUUAACUGCAAAAAGAAUUAACCCGAAUCCUUUCAUAGCUUGCGAAUUAACUACCUUUAAUUUCAGAUAAAUAAAAUGGAUGAAAUGAUGACUGUAUAUCAACAUUGCUGUUGGCACUAAAGAGAUUCAACACCCCAAGGGAACUGUUGAAUUUCUUCCGCUCACUUCAAAUAAAGAAAAACUCAGUUUAUAAGAGUUCAAUUCUUCUGGCAAUAAGAAAUUCCAACUUCUCGAA